UAGAUAAUAUAGUGAGUGAUAAACGCCUACAAGGUAUUGAUUAUCAGUUCCGUGUUAUCGGCAGAGUUGGGCGCGCUGCUUUACUAUCUGACAUAACAUACAGAGAUGAGUGCCGUAAAGUCAUAUUUCGUACAAGAAUGGAAGGCGAGUAUGCUCACGUUGGAGCAUCCGAAACCAUCUGACUUCUAUACAAGUUGUUGGCAAACGACGCGGUCGUCCGUACCAUUUUUGUUUUGGCGCGCGAUUCUCUUCCUCACCUCUCUAGGAAUAGUGUUAACCUCUAUGAUAAUUUACAUACAGAACGGAAGUUUUGGAUACUGGUUUAUUUAUCUAACUCACUGGGGAUUGACAAGCAUCCUCUUCGCUACUGGAUUCGCUACUGCAGUGUCAGUACGCUGUUACCUUUACGGACCAAUCAGCACCGAGUUCAAAUUGCCAUGGUACGUGAAGAUUUAUUGGACGUUGUUCAAUAUAGCAACUCCUCUAGCAUUUUUAAUAACAAUAUUCUACUGGACCGUACUCUACGAAGCGGGAAUCGAAGAGGAGUUGAACCAUGGUCUAGACGUGGCAGUUCAUGGACUGAACUCGCUAGUGAUGUUCCUGCUCCUCUGCAGCAGUGCCCACCCUGGCCGGUUGCUGCACAUCUACCAGCCUCUUGUUUUCGCUACCAUAUACAUGCUGUUCAGCGUCAUCUACCACGCCGCUGGUGGUACCGACCAAAAAGGUAACGCCUACAUCUACCCAGUGGUGAACUGGUCGGAGCCAGGAACAACGGUGCUAGUCGUAUUCAUCACCGGCUUAUUACUGGUAGUGCUGCACCUGCUGACUCUUGGCCUGUCAGCCCUACGAGAUCUGGUCGCUGCACGCUUAAUAGAUCGUGGAGCCCCUGCCAACCCUAACGAAGGAAUGCCAUUGAGACAACCGGUCUAUGCGUGAAGAGUGAAAAAUGUAUUGACGUAAAACUCUUCCACAAAGAUCGCCUUAAAAGGUGAUCCUAGAUAAGUGGUUAGUUUUGCCACCAAAACUAAUUAAAUGUCAGUCGUAUGAAAAAAAUUGUUGUAAGAUAUGUGCGAACAAAAUCAUAUUGGUCUUCAAAAGACAAUAAAUUACUUAAAUGUUAUUAAUUUAGUUCAGUAGGGUGUCGACGUAUUUAUUUAUUCGUACAAUUAUAUUGUAGUACUUCUGUGAAGUUUUACAAAUAAGUACUUGUUGAAGAAGGAAUCCUUCGGUGCUAUUUUUAUGGGUAGUCAUUAGUAAUUACAUUUAGAUGCAUUUUUGUUGAAUGUCACUUUGUUGACCUCGAAGAGUCUGUAAUGUAAAGAUAAUUGUUAUUGUAUCUAACCUUAGAAUAAACUGGUUUUGCGUACAAUGUACAACGUACCUAAUAUUUCGCGUGAUCGGAAUUCUGUCGAUCAAUGUUGUUAGGUUGUUACCGUUUCAGUUUCAAACAUCAUAAAUACAAACUUUUGAUUAUUAAAAAUA